AUGAGUUUGGAUACUUUGAAGGCCCUAGUUUUUCACUUACUAGAGAUCAGGAAAUCAUAUAUUCUGGUAAGGAUAAGUGAAUGCUAAUCGAGACUCGAUUUACGUUGUUUUCUGCAUGAACUCGUAGAGUGAUCCCAGGAAUGCCAUGUCACAUCAUCCUUACAAAAACAAAAAAAGAAAGAAGGAAAUCCAAGCAAGGUCAUACAGGUUGCCAAUUGAUCAGUUUAUUUCAAAGGCUUAGUUUUUGCAGCUGGUUUUAGAAGAGAUUUUAAUUAGUUAAAACGUUUUCCCUCAGCAGCUUAUAUAUACUCAAACCAUUUGCCUGUAAAUUGUUUUACAGAUGCCCAUGGAACAUGUCCUUUGCCUAGUUAUUUCAUUCAGGAUGGAUUUAAUGCAACUAUGGAAAGUGUCACAGCCGAUAUUUCAAUGUUAUCUUUAGGACAGAACUCAGUUUCAUCAGAGCGUUAUUGUAGCGAUUCUGCACUACUCAGCAAAUCUAGUUUUGGCUCUUUUGCGCCUUUCGAAACUCCGCAGCUGAAAUAUGUGUAUAAUUCAAAUGCAAAAUAG